CUACCCUAUACCAACCGUUUUCCUGUGAGGGUCCCGCUCAACACUCUCGGCCACCAUAACACACACUCAUUUUGCAAGUCUGAAGUCGCUAUGACCAUGUCCGUCUUACGAGUCUCCUUUCAGGCUCGCUUGCGCCUUCAGAAGUCUUGUGUUGGCCGUGCUUUCUCGACUGUAGUCGACACACCAACUACACCGGUCUCGGGCCUUUCCUCAGCUGGUAGAACGACGACAACGGUUGGAAACGCCGUGCAGGAGGCAUUGGCGGCAUCCGACGUACGACACAACUGGACAAGGGAAGAAAUUAGUGAAAUAUACAACUCGAACCUCUUUGAGCUUCAGUAUGCCGCUGCGACCAUUCAUCGCAAGUUCCAUCGUCCCGGUGCCAUCCAGCUGUGCACGCUUAUGAACAUAAAGACCGGUGGUUGCUCAGAAGACUGCAGUUACUGCGCUCAGUCUUCGCGUUACAACACAGGGCUCAAAGCGACCAAACUUUCAUCCGUAGAGUCAGUCCUUGAAGCUGCUCGUAUUGCGAAGGAGAAUGGUUCAUCAAGAUUCUGUAUGGGCGCUGCUUGGCGAGACAUGCGCGGACGGAAGACCAACCUUCGCAACAUUAAAGAGAUGGUUAAGGGUGUAAGGGAGCUUGGCAUGGAAGCCUGUGUCACUCUAGGCAUGAUCGACAAGUAUCAGGCACAGGAGCUGAAGGAAGCAGGACUAACCGCAUACAACCAUAACGUCGACACAAGCCGGGAACACUACCCGAAUGUCAUCACAACAAGAACUUAUGACGAACGUUUGGCGACAAUACAGAACGUGAGAGAUGCGGGUAUAAACGUAUGUUCAGGCGGAAUUUUGGGCUUAGGCGAGCAGGCAAAAGAUCAUGUGGGAAUGAUUCACACCGUUGCAACUAUGCCCUCGCACCCAGAAUCCUUUCCUGUGAAUGCCCUCGUACCCAUCAAGGGGACACCGCUAGGCGACAAACUGGCAGCCGAAUCCGAAGCGGAAGGAAGGGAGGAAAUGAAGGAAUCCGUGCCCUUCGCAAACAUCAUCCGGACGAUCGCGACGGCGAGGUUGGUAAUGCCAAAAACAAUCAUUCGACUUGCUGCGGGUAGAAUAUCAAUGAGUGAAGAGAAGCAGAUUAUGUGCUUCAUGGCGGGCGCCAAUGCUGUAUUCACAGGCGAGAAAAUGUUGACAACAGACUGCAAUGGCUGGGAUGAGGAUAAACGUAUGUUCGACAAGUGGGGUCUGGUGCCGAUGGGCGCCCGACCGGAGCCGGAGAGUGAAGUGCCAGUAGAACAGAGAAUCGGCAACGGGCUUCAGAAAAUACCUGAAGGAAGCUGGCGCAGCUUAAAGGAACAGGCCGCAACAGCAGCUGCAUAGUCGUACAACCGCCACAAUCAUACCGAGGAUGGCUUGUGUAUGCAUGUGCGAUCCUGCGCCAAAUUAGCUCUUAGUCUAGGUAGCUAUAAAUCUGCACGCUGAUGGAUAAGUUGCACAUGCUGUAAGACUGAUUGAUCAAUUUGAUGACGACACUCUGAACUUAUCAUGUUUACUCCAUUAGACCUCCGACCAAAUGAUGUUUCAACAGGCGAAAUGAACAGUUUUUAUUCCUUAAUCGAG